GCGCAUACACACACACACACAAAUACACACAAAUACACUGCGACCACAAAGACUUCCCUACAUUAAUAUUUGUUUUUGUGAUUUAUUUCUCCACUUUUCCUCUUUCGACAAUGGCUCUUUUUCAGAAAUCCUCUCUUGAGAAUCGUUCAUGGGGUGAUAUCAUGGACGAAUUGGACAAUGAGAUGGAGAAUCUCCAGCCUUUCUGCAUAUAUGAUCCCUGGAGCAUGAAUACAAUUAGCCAGGUGGAGGAGCAGAAGGUGGAAGAGCAGAUCCCACUGGAGAUGGAGGUAGAGGAGCAGAUUGUUGAGGAGCGGAAGGUGGACAAGCAGAUGGUGAAGGAAAAGAAGGUGGAGAAACAAAAAGAACAGGCUGAAGUCCAGCAGCAGCCUGCUUGCACAAACAAACUCCCUAAAGAACGCCUCAGCAAGAACAACAAGUCAGUUACACUGCUGUCGAGAAAUCUGGACUGCACUGUGAAUGACAGGAACCUUUAUGAAGCGUUCCUGAGAUUUGGGACUGUCCUCAAUGCACAGGUUAAGAUGGAGAACGGGCGAUCAAAAGGCAUUGGGCAUGUGACGUUUUCAUCUCCCGAUGAGGCUCGAGCAGCCAUCGUGGAGAUGAACGGCAGGGUGCUGGGCAGCAGGCCGGUGUAUGUAAGUCCCUCUCAGACCACCCAGGGACGAAGUCACGGCAUGAAGGUGGAAACCAUCUCGCCUCGAAACCCUGCCCAGACCCCAGACCCAAUGCCAACAAGAACAUCCAUCCACAGAAUUCAGUUCCAGAUCUUGGGAAAAAAAUCAGCAGCAGUGGAACAGGCAGUCCACACCACAGCCCCUCGGACUGGACACCCAGGAAGUCGAACUGUUCAUAAAGAACCUCGACUACGGUGUGGAUCAAAAUCGACUGCGUGAUUUGUUCUUGCCACAUGGAAACCUCACCAGCGCAAAGGUGGUACUACACAAUGGACGGUCCAAGGGCAUUGGAUUCAUCCGAUUUUCCUCUCUUGAUGAAGCCAAUAAUGCCAUCAGAGAGUUAAAUGGAAAGCUGGUGAGCGGGAGGCCACUGUGCAUCACUAUGGCUAAACAGUGGACAAGGGGCAGCCGUCCCACCAAGCCCUACAUUCAUCCAUCCAGAAACAUGCAGUGGUUCCAUCCACAGCGUCAUCGCUCUGUUGGACUGUUCUCCUAAAUUAAUUUAAAACAAUUUUGUUUUUCAUUUAAAUAAAUAUUUUUUUUAAUUUUAAAGAAAUUGUCAGAAUCUUUUUUACUGUAAAUAAAU